AUGAACGCCCUUAGCACCCAGCUGGAGUAUCCACGCGCAAUUGCUACAGAACAGGAAGAAACCUUGUGGCUAUCUGUCAAGCAGUAUGUCCCUAUCGAUAACCCUAACCCGAAGCCUGGGGAUAUAACCAUCAUAGGAGCUCAUGCAAAUGGCUUCCCAAAGGAAUUAUAUGAGCCCCUGUGGGAGGAGCUCCUUUCCCGGGCAAAGCGCCACGGUUUCGGUAUUAGGGGAAUUUGGAUAGCAGAUGUAGCGCAUCAGGGCAAUAGCGGAGUGUCGAACGAGAAUGUCCUGGGAAAUGACCCUUCAUGGUUUGAUCACCCCAGGGACCUGCUACAUUUCAUCAACCUGAAGCGAGAGGAAAUGCCCCGUCCAAUCUUCGGCAUCGGUCAUAGUAUGGGUGGUAACAACCUAGUCAACCUAAGCCUCUUACACCCUCGACUCCUCACCUCCCUCAUCCUCCUGGACCCUGUCAUCUACCGCCCAGAAAUAACCCCGCAAGACCACAUCUUUCAUAACAAACUUGAAUCCAGCACAGCACCCGCCACAACCGUCGCCUCCAGCUACCGACGUGAUAUCUGGCCUUCCCGCGCUGCGGCCGCUGAAGCUGUCAAGAAAAGCCCAUUCUACCAACACUGGGACCCUCGCGUCCUCGCCCUUUGGAUCCAAUACGGCCUCCGCGAACUCCCCACCGCCCUGUACCCUUCACCCCAAUCAUCCUCAUCCUCCUCCUCCUCCCCCACCUCCACCACCUCCUCCUCCUCCUCCUCCUCAUCAUCAUCAUUGUCACCAAUUUCACCAGCAAGCCACAGCGAAAAUCCCGUAACCCUUACCACAACCCGGCACCAGGAAGUCUUCACAUUCUCGCGCCCAAACUACGACCCAACCAACACGAAGCCCAUAAAUAGGCUCACGCACCCCGAUCUCGCUCCCGGCAUCACAUACGCAUUCCCAUUCUACCGCCCCGAAGCUGCCCUAACUUUCGCCCGACUCCCUCAUCUCCGUCCCUCAGUCCUAUACGUCUUUGCGGACAAGUCAGAUAUGUGUCUCCCCCAUCACUGCCAGGCUAAGCUGGACAACACAGGCAUUGGGAUUGGAGGGAGCGGCGGGGUGGCGGAGGGUCGUGUCAAGUCCGUUCUGCUGAAGGAUGUGGGGCAUUUGAUUCCGAUGGAGGCGGUGGCGGAGACGGCGGCCCACGCGGCCGAGUGGAUUGGGAAGGAGAUGGAGAGGUGGAGGAGGGAGGAAGGGGAGUUUAGACGGGAGUGGGAGAAGAAAUCUAAGAUUGAGAAGGCUACGAUCGAUGAGGAGUGGCGAGGACAUGCUAAGCCACCAGUUAGGAAUAAUCAGUCGAAUGGGGUUGGUGGAGUGGCCAGGGCUGACACAAAAUUAUGA